AUGACUUGGGUCGCCUUAUCAAAGAGCCUGGCUGUGAUGCUGCCGACGCUACAGGAUCAGUUUGGCGCUUCAACGUGGCUGGUUGGUUGGAUUGUAGCUAUGGUAGACGGCUCUGUUGAUCUUGCAGGUCCGAUUGCACCAAUACUAAGGGAUAAGUUUGGAAUUAGGAUGGUGUUCAUGGCCAGCGGCGUUGUAAUUGGCACAUCCUUUAUAAGUGCAGCUUUUUCAACCAGUUUGUCGACAAUGGCCUGCAUUCUUGCAGUUGUUGCUGGACCCACACUUGGACUGGCCAAUAUAUUAUCCCGAGAUCUGAUUGGUCGUUGCUUUGAAAAAUACCACACAACGGCGUUAGGCAUAGCUGGAUGUGGUGCCUCUAUGGGGUAUAUUGUCUUCGCUCCUCUGACGCAGUUCCUUUUGGACCUCUAUGGUUGGAAAGCAACGAUGAUGCUUCUUGGUGCAAUCAUCUGCAAUCUGACCGUGUGCGGCGCACUCCUCAAACCACGAGAUAAGACUACAUCCGGUCAUGGAGACUAUCAAGCGGUCGACAAAGAUGGUGACCAGCGGGCCGAAAAAGAUGGCGACCAGUGUGCCGACGAAGAUGGCGACCCGCGGGCCGACAAAGAUGGUGACCAGAAGGUCGACAAACAUGGCGACCAGCAGGUCGACAAAUAUGGCGACCAGCAGGUCAACAAAGGUGGCGGCAGGCGGGCCGUCGACGAUCAAGAAGACAGAGAAUGUCCACAGAGUCGCGCGUCAAAUCACAAAACAAUUCGUAAAUUGAUCACCUCGAACCUUCAUCUGUAUUUAUUCACUUCAGUCCGUUACUGGCUUGUCAUGUUCGUCACGGUCAUGACGUGGCUCACGUUCGCUGCGUGGGUAAUCUACUUCGUACCCUACGUCACUAUCUCCAAGGGAUACUCGCUCCACGAAGCUGCCAACUUUGUUUUAAUCUUCGGUGUUGGGAAGAUAGUGGGAAGUUUACUAGUGGGACAAACCGUCCCCGCUUGUAGAAAAAUCGGUAUCGGUGCUAAUGUGUGGAUGUUGGUGUCAACUUUUGUUUUAGCCACGUACUUUUUCGUUGAUCCGUGGUUGACUGCUAGCUGGGCUAUUUCUGUCAAUGCGUCCGUUUUAGGAUGUUUUCAUUCUUUUACGUUUGUACUGUAUGACGUCAUCACUAAGGAGGCAAUCGGUGUGGAUCAGUUGGGAAGUGCCCUGGGGUGGAUUGGACUCAAAGCUGGUAUCGCGAGAUUUGCAUUCCUGUUCUUUCCAGGUUUGGUGUUCGACACACUCGGUAGCUACACUGUAGCAUUCGUCAUCAUGGGAGGAAUGAAUGUGCUGGGCGGCGUUGCCAUGCUGGCUCUGAUAUCGCUACAAUGACACCGCCAAGACACUGCAAUUUAAUUUGUUGUUUUCGAAAGACUUGUCACUGGUAAAAGGUUAAGUUCGGACGGUGUGUUCUUGGCCAAAUCACUGUUCCCACGCCUGAACUUUGAGAAUAAUACACCCGGAACAAGAUCACACUCCACCUCUUCAUUCGAGAACAACACUUUACAAAAUGGCGGCAGCAUCUCAAGAGAAUAAGUUUAAAAUUAGAUGCAACAUGACUCUAAAAUAGUUUUUUUCUAGACUAUCCAUGAUGGAUGUGUCACCUUUUACGCCUUGUUUAACAACCCUAAAAUGAGGCAUGAGUUUGGGUUCGAACAAAGACCAAUAGACCGAUCCACUAAGCUCCGCCCCAUUGAGUAUUGACCAAUCACAACG